AUGUUUGGAUUCUCGAAAUGGGCUGUCGCCCUCGCCGCCUCUGCAGGCAUCAUGCAAGCCGCUGCCACCGAAGUCAAACCCGGAGGCGCCAGCGAUGUGAAGCUCGAGAACAACAACUACAUCACCAGUCCCCCUCACUACAAGGGUGGCCCUACCGCCAAACACGCGCCCAAUGAUAACGCUCCUCCUCUCCAGCUGACUAUCACAACCAACAUCCCCGGUGCUUUCAACUCCUAUGUGACUGCUUUAGAUACUAGUGAUGCGCCGGCGAUUGAUUCCUCAAACAUCAAGAUCCCGCUGAACGGCCAGGGUCAGACCACCACCUUCAACAUCCCCGGUUAUUGUUCCUCGGGACGUAUUUGGUUUGCGGCCGGUGAGCUAGAAUUCUUCACUGUCGGCACCACCAACGGUUCUUUCUCUAUUGUGCAGCCUUCUCAAGCUAACCCCCAGGACCCGAGUGCUGGGGUCAACUGGGGUUUCAUCGAGUUCACCUACACCGAGGACGGUGGUCUCUACGCCAACAUUAGCUACGUCGACUUCGUGGGCCUUCCGCUUGGUAUGACUCUGACCACGUCCAACGGUACCACCCAGCAAGCUCUUGGUCUCAGUGCCGAUGCUGUCACCAGCGUUUGCAACGACUUGAAGACCCAGGCUGCCUCUGAUGGUAUGCCAUGGGACCAGCUCUGCCAGACUAUCAACGGUACUGUUGUGCGUGUCCUUGCUCCUAACGAUUUCGUUUCGGACAACGGAGCCGGCUUCGAUGACUACUACAACGACUACAUCGACAAGGUCUACAGCACCUUCACCACCGACAACCCCUUGACCAUCAACAGCCAGGGAGCAAGCGGCAACAGCACCUGCACUAGCGACGGCACCACUCUCACUUGCGAGAACGACGAGACCCCCUACCAGAAGCCCUCCAUCGGAGACAUCUUCGGCUGCAACUCCGGCCCCUUCGCCAACACCGGCAGCGACACGCACAAGGCCAAUCUGGCUCGCCUGUGUGCGGCUUUCAACCGUGGAACCUUCCUCGUGAACGGCGGGAACGUUCAGCCCGGGCCCCCCUCUGCCGAGUACUAUACCACCUCCCCGGCCAACUACUAUUCGGCGAUUGUCCACAAGUACGAGGUCGACGGUAAGGGGUACGCUUUCUCGUACGAUGAUGUGAACCCGAAUGGCGAGAAUGCCUCCGGUGUGGUCUCGGCUCCCGACCCCAAGAAUAUCGCCGUGACUGUCGGCGGCCCGAGCCAGGGCUCUACUCGCCGCGUGCGCCGCAUCCACCGCCACGCUGGCCGUCACGGUAGCGGACUGGUCGGCAGGUACAGCCUUGAUUAG